UCACUUCUCUUGCCCUUACACAUUCUUCUUUCCCUUAAUAGAUUUCAACAACCAAAUACAUCAAAUGGGCUUUACAAAAUUGAAAGAAGAGUGUACUAAAACUCACCAUGAAGUUAAAAGCAAGCAAAGAGAUGUAGUUUCAUCAUUUUCUCAUCAGAAUUAUUUAAAAGAUCCCAAUUUUCUAAAAUCUAGAAAAAUUAAAUCCAUAAUAUUUCUUAUGAAUCAUAUUAGAGAUCAUUAUUCUUGCAAUGCUCUUUACUACUCUAAUUAUUUUCUCAAAUGUUGUUUCUUCUGUCAUAAGCCUCUUGACCUUCGCAAGGAAGUUUACAUGUACAGGGGUGAGCUGGGAUUCUGCAGUGUGGAAUGUAGAAAUAGACAGAUAUACCUAGAUGAAUUGAAAAAAAUUGAGACUUUUACUAAAAAAAUAUUGGCGUCUUUGAUCCGCCGGCGUCGACAGGUUGGCCGGAGUUCUCUGAUUACCGCUCCAUCGGAGGAUUACCGGCGAUGUGACGCUAAGAAUCAAGUUACAUUCAUCUUUUCAUAGUUCAUCAAAAUUUUGUGUUAAUUUUAUAGCUAAACAGAAAAAAUUACGCUAUUUUUUUAUGGGCUAAGAAUGAAAUUUUGGUGGGUACUACCAAUUUAGAGAUCAACAAAUUAGUUAGACUUACAAGUUUUUGGUAGAGACGAAUUUAGUAUUUUUUUUUAAUUAUAUGUUUAUUAAGUAAACUUGUCUUUUGUA